AUGGAGCCCAAAGCUGUGAGCAGCAACGCGGACCAAAUGGAAGUCUUCGUUCGACCGGAGAAUGCCAAGUACCAAGCGUUCGGCCGGCCGAAGAACGACCUGGUGCUGAGAGUCAUCGAGAACAAGGAGGAAGGAAGGGCGCUGGAGAGGAUCCCCGUGUGGUUCAUGCGACAGGCCGGCCGCUACCUACCGGAGUACCGACAACUGAGAAGCAAACACGACUUCUUCGAAAUGUGUCAAAAUCCAGAGCUCUCCUCCGAAGUAACCAUCAUGCCCCUUAAGAGAUUCCCAUGUGACCUGUUAGUUAUAUUUUCCGAUAUAUUAAUCAUUUUUGUUGCCAUGGGGAUAAACAUAAAAUUUAUUGAGAACGUUGGACCAACAUUCGAUCAGAGUAUUACUUCCUUUGAGGAGUUCCAAAAGCUAACCGUCUCACUAGACCAAGUUAUAAAAAAUCUGCACUAUGUAUAUGAUGCCAUCAAUUUGACGAAAAAUAAAAUUAACAAUGCAGUUCCCAUUUUAGGGUUCGCUGGAUCCCCAUUUACUCUCUUUACAUACCUAACAAAAAAUAACAAAAAGACAUAUGAGGAUAGCAUUCGAAUGGUCUAUGAACGUUCAGAAGAUGUACAUCUAAUUUUGAGUAAACUAAGUGAGGUAUGUGUAAGUCACCUUAUCAAUCAGAUCGAUAGUGGAGCAAAUAUUGUACAACUGUUCGACAGUAAUGCAGAUGUUAUAGAUACAUGUUUGUUUUCUCGAUUUAGUUUGUCUUAUUUAAAAAGAGUUAUCGAAACGGUGAAGAAAUUGAGACCUCAUGUAUUUGUCAUUUUAUUUUUGAAGGAGAAUUUUCACCCAGAUUUGAAAGAGCUCAAUAUUGAUGUCCUUUCCAUUACACAUAAACAGCUAGCUGUGAAUUCGUCUAGCUUUUACUACGACUUAUUUGAAGGCAGGAUCAUCUUGCAGGGGGCUUUGGAUCCACACAUAAUGCUUCUGAACGAUGAGAAGCUCGUGUCAAGGUAUACAUCUGAGAUGAUCAGUCAAAUUCGGUACACGAACAAGUAUAUUGCGAACUUGGGUCAUGGGAUGCUGCCCGGCUCGAGAGUCGAAAACGUGCGUGCCUUUAUCGACGCCGUGGGGGCCUACUUCCCUGCGUAG